GACAGGUAGUGUUGCUAUAUGCCAUAUCUAUUUGGAAUAUUUUUGCACAAGCCAUUAGGGUUGAGAAGUUUCUGUGGCAUCUCAUUAUAUCUUUUGUUGGAAUAUUUGCGAAAUGUCUAUAUGAUAUGAGGGUCAUUUCUGGAUAUGGUUUCCCCCCUUUAUUCCGGAUAUAGCUAAUGAUUCUCCCACUCUUGUGCAAUUUUUGUCUAAGUCCAUUCAUUUCUCAUCAUAUCAACAUGUGUUUCAUUCUCUCUGAAAAUGCCUCUAUAACUAUCCCCACUCCUUUCCAAUCAUCUGUGUAAUGCAUUUUUCUCAUUUUAUUAUUGCAUGUAAUGUUGCUCUUGCAAUUCUAAAAUGCUAAAUAUUGUAUUGCAUUUUCUAUUAUAAGUAUCUACUUUCAAAGUUUUGAUUAUUGCCAUGGGAACCAAUGAAAAAGUACAGAGUAAGAGUUUUCUGGAUGAAAUACAUGACAAGAGCUCUUGUGCUAUUUGCCAGUGCAUUCUAAAAGGAUGCAAUGGUGGUUUACAGUCGGUGACUUGCAAAAGUAAUUCUGCUGCUGAGAUCAAAGAGUCUCAGCGCAGGGUCUAUUCAGCAACAUCAGAUGCUUUGGUAGGACGAAAUAGACUGUUGCAUGGUAAAGAACAAGAAGCUGGAAAUACUUCCAAUGGUGUGAAAGAAGAGAAAGAAAGCAAAGUACUGAGGCCUGACAAAUUACAUGACGAGCUUGAUGAUAAAACUGAGAUGAAAGUAGCAGUAAAGCAGCUCGAAAAGGCCAUGGAUCCAUUUCACAUGCAUUGCACAACGAGGGGGAAUUGGUGGGAAGGUUCGCUUUACUAUUAAAUUGGGAUCAUCUGGACCUGGUGCAAAGCUAUAAGUUCGUUCAUCUACUCUUUUCUUUUCCUGAAUAUCAGGAAGUUUGUACUUUCACUGAAAAUAGAUCUUGCAAAAAUAAUAUGAAGAAAAAGGUUGGAUCUGAGUGGGCAUAUAACACCCAUAUUAUUAUUGUAUUUUGGGUAUAUCUAUCCGGACUGCUCUGUUUCAGUGCAGAAUGUAUUUGACUGGAACUGAAAAUGUGCCCAGUCAAAAUUUAAGUUAUAAUAGAAUUAUUGCGUUGCUUCUACAUAAUGCCCGUUGAA